AUGGCCGACUGCUCUGACCCAGCAAUUCGUGAAGCUUACGAGGAAGUCCGCAAGGACAACGUCGACACAAACUGGCUCCUCUGCACAUACGCUGAGGGCUCAGACAAGGUCUUCGCUCUUGUCGGCAAGGGCACAGGUGGCCUCGACGAGCUCAAGGAGCACCUCAACGAAAAAUUCCGUGGCUUCGGCUACCUUCGCUGCACAACAGGUGAUGAACUUUCUGUUCGCUCCAAGUUCGUUUUCAUUACAUACUGUGGUGAGAAGGUUCGCCUUAUCCACCGCACAAAGCUUACAGUCCACAAGGCUGAUAUCCUCCGCGUCAUCCAGCAGGUUUCCAUCUCUGUUGAUGCUUCCACACCAGAUGAACUCAACAUGGAGGACAUUAACGCUCGCCUCUUCAAGGCUGGUGGUGCUCACUACAACCAGUAA